AUUUGAUUGAGGCCGCUAGCUAGAGAUACAGGAUCGUAGAACGAACAGGAACGUUGGACAGCUGGUUUUAUCGGGUAGCAAGCCAACGUUUUCGGCUGGUGAAAAGGAAUGCGGCGGGCGGCAGCGUUACGAAGUGCCGUAUCAGUAUGAGUCGCAAAGUCGUACGCCGCAUUCUUCUCCACGCUCCCAUCCUCGGAUUGAUGGCCGUAAUCUGCCGUACAUUCACGCUCCAGCCUGUGCAUUACCAUUGCGAGAAGCGGGGCUCGGUUUUUGCCCAUACAGCCCAACCAAACUCUUCCUUUCUUGCAACGACAGCACAAAAUGGAUUCGCUCGGAGCGACACCGUCGUCCACGUUGGGAACUUGGACUGGACUACAUCCAUCGAGCAAGUGGAAGCUAUACUAGCCAGCGUUGUUGCCGCUGCGAUUCCACACACGGACGCGGUACCAAGGAUUACCGUCAAGGCGCUUCCACCCGUGGACCAACGAAAGCUUCGCGACCGCAAUAAGCAGCACGGUGGAAGUGCGACGAUUGCCUUCGACUCGUCCGUCGAGGCCAGCGCUGCGAUACUGGCCCUUCAGAAACAUUCCGAAUCGGCGUCACAGCCUUUCAAACUGAACUGGGCUUCCAUGCGCAGUUUACAACCCAAACCUUCCGGUCCCCCAUCUCCUCCCGUCCUGACUCCCCGAGACAUCGAACGCCGUAGACAAAGAGCCGAAAGUUACGCUCGGCGGCGACAGCGUGUAGCGCAGAGGACGGACGAGUUAUUGGAAUCUAUUAUGCAAGCGGAACGGCCAAUCGGAUGCGUACUGAGAGCAUCCGAUGCGGUACCUGUCUUGGAUGCACCAACGCUGGAUUGGGACGCGUUUCCAGUUAUGCUGGAUCCGGUACGGGGUGGUGGACUGGUACCGGGAACGGAACGAGGAAAGAGAAAAAGGGCAGCCGUGGAAGCGUUUUGGUACGUUCUGGAGAAAGCGCUCUUAUUAGAGCCGGCUGCGAAAGCGACAACAAUCGUAGCGGACCUUGGUUGCGGCGCGGGAAAUUUAGCCUUGCCUUUGGCUUGGUUACUACAGCAGAAGGAAGGCGAUGCGAAACAACAAGUAUUGGGAGUGGAUAUCAACCGUAAUUCUCUGGUACGAUUAACGAAACGAGGCCAUUCUGCCGAAUUACAAAUUCAAACAAUGUAUGCAGAUCUGACCGAUUUCCUGAUUGACCCAAACACUGGACACUCCGCCAAGUCUUUGAAAGACGUGUGUUCCAUCGUCGUCUCACUUCACGCCUGCGGAGUUGCCUCGGAUCUGGCUAUGGUUGCUGCAGUCUCCAGCCGGUUGCCAUUUGCGAUUUCGCCCUGUUGCAUCGGGAAAGUAAAAAAGGCUUGGCUGCCCAGCGAAAUGCCCAAAGUCAUAGAGCAGCACAAACAAGGAACGGCCUGUAUUUCUUAUCCCCGAUCUCGUUGGCUACAAAAAAACGUUCGAGACGAUGAUGACUACGAAUUGCUAGCGGCUGCAGCCGACUAUGGAGUCUUAUACGAUGCCCAGCUUGUGGAUCGUUUUGAAUCAGAGCGGAGGCAGCGUUGUCGACUGGCUAAGCGAGUGGUUGAAAUCGAUAGAUUAGAGUGGGCCCGAGAAGAAGGGUACGAAGUUCGGCUCAUGGAACUGCCAAGGAUCGGUUCCCUCUAUCCAAAGAGGGAACUCCUUCUCGGUGCGGUUGCUGGAAGUGAGAUAGCCCAGAACAUCUGUCGCUUGGAUAAGGAAAGGAAAGUGAUGGAGUGA